GGGAAAAAAGAAGAUGGAAAAAAACACAACCGAACAUUUGGUGGAGUUUGAUCCACUCUGGCAACCCGAGGCGCGGGCGAGAGAGGAUGUUUGGGUUCUCGCGCUGUCACAAGCACAAAACCGCAGAUUACAGACAGUGAAAUCUCACUCUCAGCUGACGUGGCAUGAGGACGAAUCAGAUUUCAAGCACAAGUUGAAGCAUGACUCUGCGCACGUGUUUCCAGACUGAGACAGGUUUGGCAGUGUCAUCUCUUGCAGCAGGUAGUCCAACAGCAUUCUGGGUAAAGUAGAAAGGAGUUUAUUCAUGAAUCAGAGCGACUUGUACUCCGGAAGAUUGAGCGGAACAUGGCGGCGGAGCGGUUCUCUGUGUCUGUGCGACGCUGCUUGGGGUCAUGUUGCUCCAUGGCCACGCUGCGCUCCCGUCUUCCCGUCCUCACGUGGCUGCCGGCGUACAGCCUGACGUGGCUGAAGAUGGACGUGCUGGCGGGACUCACCGUGGGGCUGACCGUCAUCCCUCAGUCCCUGGCCUACGCCGAGGUAGCCGGCUUACCUGUGCAGUAUGGGCUAUACUCCUCCUUCAUGGGCGGUUUUGUUUAUUGUUUGUUCGGGACGUCUAAGGACAUCACCCUGGGCCCGACGGCCAUCGUGUCUCUGCUGUGUUUCUUGUACGUCAGAGGAGAUCCGGUGUACGCCGUGGUGCUGACGCUGCUGUGUGGAAUCCUCCAGCUCGCCAUGGCUCUACUCCGACUCGGUUUCCUGUUGGACUUCAUUUCUUAUCCUGUUAUAAAGGGCUUCACCUGUGCAGCAGCCGUGACCAUCGGCUUCGGACAGGUCAAAAACAUUCUUGGUGUGAAGGACGUCCCUCAGCAGUUCUUUCUGCAGGUCUACUACACUUUCCAGAAACUACCUGAGGCCAGGGUUGGAGAUGUGCUUCUGGGUGUAUCCUGUCUGUUGUUCCUGGUGAUGAUGACCACGAUGAAGAGUUCUCUGGGUUCUAUCGAAGAUAACCCGUCUCCUGUGGUGAAGGUGUCUCGGGGAUUGGUGUGGACGCUCGCGACUAUCCGAAACGCUUUGGUUGUCAUAGCAGCAGCGUGCGUGGCGUACUCUGCCGAGGUCUUGGGUCACGAUUUCUUCACUGUGACGGGGAGAACGGCUGCAGGGCUGCCCCCUUUCUCGGCCCCGCCCCUCUCUGAGACGACGACCAAUGGCACGCGCAUAUCAUUCAGCGAGAUCGCGCAGGACCUGGGAAGCGGUUUAGCUGUUAUACCGCUGAUGGGCGUGCUGGAGAGCAUCGCUAUUGCGAAAGCGUUCGGAAGUAAGAAUAAUUACCGCAUCAAUGCCAACCAGGAACUCUUUGCCAUUGGACUCACCAACAUCCUGGGCUCAUUUGUCUCUGCGUAUCCCGUCACAGGCAGCUUCGGGAGAACUGCUGUAAACUCUCAGACUGGAGUGUGUACACCUGCAGGAGGUAUCGUCACAGGUGUGCUAGUGAUUCUGUCUCUGACCUUCCUCAUGCCGCUGUUCUCCUUCAUACCCAAAGCGUCUCUGGCGGCCGUCAUUAUCUGCGCCGUCGCUCCGAUGAUAGAGUUCAGCGUUCCUCCUCGCAUCUGGAGAGUCAGAAAGCUGGACCUGCUGCCGUUCUCGGUCACCUUCCUGCUCAGUUUCUGGGAGGUGCAGUACGGCAUCGUGGGAGGUGUAGUCGUCUCCGGGUUCAUGCUGCUCUACCUGACGGCCAGACCUGAACUGAAGGUAACGGAUCACGGCGUGCUGGUGAUGGAGCUGGGAAGCGGACUCCAUUUUCCCGCUGUAGAGCACUUCACUGACGUCUUGCGCGCACACGCAAUACACGUAUCUCCUCCUCGUUGCGUUGUGUUAGACUGUCAGCACGUCAGUAGUAUAGACUACACGGCGGUGAAUGAAUUACGAGACGUCUUGAAGCAGUUUAAGCUGCACGGAGUCGCUCUGGUCUUCUCGGGACUGAAGUGUUCGGUGCUCGAGGUUUUAUCCGCCGCUGAGCUUCCAGGCUUCAGACACACAGACAGCGUGGAGGCGGGACUGCAGAUCCUGAGCGCCAACUGGCACUACGACUGACACUCCGAUCUCAUCCAAUCACUACGACCGACACUCCGAUCUCAUCCGAUCAACACACACGGCUCCGAGCCAACCGCUGAAUCCCUCGAGCGAGCAAACCGACGACGCCUCGACGUCACGUCUCAACACUGUGUUUGUUUGAAACUUUGUCGAAUCAGUGACGCCGACAUCCAGACCAGACCGUCUUCGCACAAACGGAUGCAAACGGCGUCCCUUCAUUCGAAGACGCACUACUUGUUUUCCUUCAGGGAGAUUUGAAAUGAUUUCUAACGGCGGUCUGAAAACGAUUCGCUAGCUAGGAGCGUUCUCAAGGAAGGUUUAAAAAACAACAAAAACGCACAACUCUGUCUUCUCAUGUGUAGUGUUUUUAGACUAUAGUGUUUUCUUUUUUUGGGGGGGGGGGGGGCCACGCGUACGAAAUUUAUUUUCGGGCGUAACGUAAAGAGCAUAUUGUACCGGCGAACGUUACCGGAGUCGUCAGAAGCCAUGUGCCUUGUUUCUGAAACGUCUGAGGCGGAGACUCUUCUAGCUUUCUCUUAACUGACAUUUUUAAAGUCGAAAAAUACAGUUUGAUGCUUUUAAAACGCUGCGGAAACUCUAACCGUCCUCCUUACUGUGUGCAAACUGACGCCGACUCCUUUCGUUCGUUUUGAACGGUUUAACUGACGGUGAUGGUUUCAGCCCGAAAUCAAAAAAAUUAGCGUAGUGUUUGUGAGUCAGAAUUUCAGGUGGAAAUGUGUUUUGUUUUAUUUUUUUAUCGUACGAAACAUCAACGUUAGAAUCGAUCCGGGUUGUAUAGUUCCGAUCGAAUGUGUCUGGAUGUAACACGCUAAUUUAUGCCGCAUUCAUCAUCUAGUACUUCGUCGCUACGUUACCGUUGUAGCGCAAGUGUAAGAUUAUAGCUGCUGAAUGUGGGUACUGAGGUAAGUUGAGGUCAAUUUUGACAUUAAUUAGCACCGUCAUUGAAUAUCACUGUCAUGCUACAUUAUAUAGCCAUAUAAUAAUUACAGCAAUUAUUAAUCAUUACAGUAAAUAUGAAUUGUCUACAAAUUACAUUUGUUUGUUUUUUUUUGUUUUUAAAUACGUCACAGAUAACGUAUCGAAUUGCGAACAAAUCUUGAAAAUUGUUUUUAUUAAACAGAAGUAGAAAUUACACGAUGGUUAUUUAUUCAUGACGGUUAAUAUGUAAAAUAAUCAGACUUUGCACCCCUUCACCCGCCCCCAUUGUUUUUAAAUGGAGAAAUGGAAAAUGGACGUCACUGUAUUGUUUACACGUGUGUAAAUAUAUGUAAAUAAAUCCAAGAAGUGGGAAAAAAAAUGAAAUGUUUGUGUAUCCGGAAAUAAGAUCAUCCAAAAUCUGCUGCCAAAACAACGCAAAAACUGUUAAAAGGGCAAAGCCUGGGGAUUAGGAAAGAAUAUUUAUAUCACACUCCGAUAGGGUACUCUGAAAGGUUAGUAAAGGGGUUCUGCUUGGAGCCCUGACGUGUAGGUAUUAAGAAGAAAAUAAUGAGCAAUCAUUUAAAGCUUGUACCGCUGACAUACCUAGAUAAUACACACACUCUUGGGGGGGUUCUUCAGGGGUACUUUAAGGGGUCAUUGGAUAUUGUGACGUGAUAUCUUUAUGAUAACUUGUAGGCCGUAUGCUGCAAGUGUGUUGGAUUAGAAUCGUUCAGUAUAUUCUGAAUUUCAAAGAGCAAACAAGACCAACAAACAAAACCCCAACCCUCUAUGUUUUCUAUGUUUAUUUGCUAAAUAAUGUUUCAUGAAAUACAUUAAUUGUUGUUGUUUUUCAUUUGCAUGAAACAUACUGAUUUUCAGAAUGACCUGCACAUGGUAUAUGGUGUGGAUUCUAUUUUUAAACUCCAUAAUAUUUUGUUCUAAAUGCGUUUGAGGAAUUUUAUUGAUUUAGAGUAACUAGCGCAGUUGCUAGUAAAGAGCUAGCUAGUAGCUCUAAGAUUGUAACUAGCCCAGUUGCUAGUAAAGAGCUAGCUAGUUACUCUAAGAUUGUAACUAGCCCAGUUGCUAGUAAAGAGCUAGCUAUUUACUCUAAGAUUGUAACUAGCGCAGUUGCUAGUAAAGAGCUAGCUAGUUACUCUAAGAUUGUAACUAGCCCAGUUGCUAGUAAAGAGCUAGCUAGUUACUCUAAGAUUGUAACUAGCGCAGUUGCUAGUAAAGAGCUAGCUAAUUACUCUAAGAUUGUAACUAGUGCAGUUGCUAGUAAAGAGCUAGCUAAUUAGUCUAAGAUUGUAACUAGCGCAGUUGCUAGUAAAGAGCUAGCUAAUAUUGUAAAUAGCUCAGUUACUAGUAAAGAGCUAGCUAAUUACUCUAAGAUUGUAACUAGCGCAGUUGCUAGUAAAGAGCUAGCUAAUAUUGUAAAUAGCUCAGUUACUAGUAAAGAGCUAGCUAAUUAGUCUAAGAUUGUAACUAGCGCAGUUGCUAGUAAAGAGCUAGCUAAUAUUGUAAAUAGCUCAGUUGCUAAUAAAGAGCUAUCUAAUAUUGUAAAUAGCUCAGUUGCUAGUAAAGAGCUAGCUAGUUACUCUAAGAUUGUGUUUUAGCAUUAAACAUCGUAUCCUAAUCAAUAUCUUUUAAAGAAAAAAACAUAUCAGUGCCAACCGAAUUAAUGUUUGUCUUUAAAAAUGGAUUAGCAUAUGUAGCUAUUACUAGCAUGUUGACUAGGAAGCUAGUUUGCUAGCUAGCCCUGUUUGUGUUGCACAGCGAAAUAGUUCAUGUAACCCCGUUGCGAUUUAUAAACGUGUUCCCAAACCGUCGUAUCCGCCGGUGCAAUUCCUCAUCUCGUUGAACUUGCGAUGUCAUUUCCUGUCCUCUGUCUCACACUGGAUAUUGUUUUCUCCCCCUCAUGUAAUGGAUUGUGAAUGAAAGUAAGCACGAGGUUAAAUAUUUACUACGCACGGUGGCAGUAAAAUAAAGAGACGAAACUUUGAACUUGCCCAUGAGUUUGAACACGCAAUGAACGACGUGAGAAGCUAAAACCGUGACCGCCUCGAAGUUCAGACGUUGCUGGUUCCAAACAUGAGUUCGGCUCCGUACUCACACGGAGAUAAAAGACAGGCUGAUAAAAGGAGAGAGUUCCGGAAGCGUGACUGGUCCAUCGAGCAACCUCCUCUCUUGCCAGAGGAAGACUCUCAUCCUCAAUCAUCAGGACCCGACGGCGUACAUGAAGGGCAACGUGUCAAGAGCGAGACCGGUUCCAUUCCAAAAUGACGACAAGGAGGACAAAACGUGAGUAGUUUGGGGACGAGCCUGAGGGCCACCGAGAGGACAACACGAAUGCCACGUCUUCAAAGUGUGCUUUAUGUAAUAAGGAUACAGGAAACUGUCAUUCAUCCUCUACUUUUUUUUUUUUUUUCUUUUUACCCUGUUGUGAUUGAUGCCCUUUAGUGUCGAACGUGUUCAAUUUGUGUGCUUACUUUCUCAGUUUGUGAUUGGUGUAUAAUCUCUUCUGUCUUGUAGAGCUGGGAUAAUGCAUGUGUGAUCUGCUGAAAAGAUGACGAACUGUUCGUCCUUAUUCCAGCAACAGAGCAUAUAAACACAGACCUACACCCAAUUUAACUGGUAACACCUAAACAACGAGUUCAUUUUAUGAAUUUAAAGGAUUUGCUGUGACAUGUUUUGUUCUUGUUGUUGUUUUUUUUUUUUUUGCAUUUAAAAAAACUUCCUAUAUUUACAGCAUUAAUUCCAAGUGAUUGUAAUUCUAUAAUCGUCCACUAGAGGCCACUAGACAGAUAGCGAAAACUGACUUGGGGGGGGGGGGGGACAUUUCAUAUGAAAAAAGAAGAGAGACAGAAAGAUGGAAACAGAUGCGGUCAUUAUGAUGGCGGUGUGUAUUCACCACAGCACAACAAUGGCAGAGAUGUUUUUCAGACAAAGACAGAGAACGAUGGAUUCUUUGAAUCGUAUCUUCUUAUACCUAUUUUAUGUACUGAGUUUUUUUCUUCUUCUUCUUUUGUUCUGUUCUCUCUGAAUAUGGCCUAUUCAGCGAGGCUGAUGCACUCUGUAAAUAAAUGAAUGAAUAAAACCGG